AUGUUGUCAGCUUUGAAAAUAUUGUAUAUAGAAAUGUUCCCCUUUCUGGGUAAUGAUGCUACAUUUUGAAGAUACAAAUGUAAUUAUGUAGGAAUUAUAUUUAUCAGAAGAAUAAGUCACUAUUGGACAUUAUGUCUGUGGAAAUUUUCAUAUGGUUAAUGAUAAAUAUUCUUGCAGUUUCAUUUAGUCAUUUAACGACAUAUGGCAGACUGGGUACGGCUUUACGACUUGUCUCCUUUGACCACCAGUGGCUAUCCCAUACACAAGUAUCUGAGAGAAGAGCAUCUGACGGUAAUGUCCGUUUGGGUGUAUUUACAUUCGAGUUAUAACUCAACACGAUGCUGAUGUUUCACUUACGUAACUUGGUGUUUAUGAGACAUGACAGUACUUCUAUCAGUCUAUAAAUACUGACAUCAUACCGACUGUACUUCAGUAGAUCAGUGACUGCUGUUGUAAUUACCAGUAUGACUAUGACUAAGCAACUGGUGUGCCUUCUGUCUCUGGCCACAGUCGUGUGUGCCAGAUUUACCCUUGAUGAGCAAAUAUCUCGCAUCAUCGGGGGCCAGGAAACAGAGGCCAAUGCCUGGCCGUGGCAGGCGUCGCUGCAGUACAGGGACAGCCAUAUCUGCGGAGGCUCCCUUAUUGCACCGGAUGUAGUUCUAACUGCUGCGCAUUGUGUAGAUUUUGGCGUAUCCAGUGAUUUCUCUAUUGUUAUGGGAAAGGACGAGCUGGAGGUGAAUUCUGGGAAAGAACAAAGAAUUCAGGUUUCUGAAAUUAUCAUGCACGGUAGCUAUGAUGGUAGCGCUGGAGGGUAUCCAAAUGACAUAGCCAUUCUCAGACUAGCAAACGACGCCGAGCUGAACGAUAACGUCGAACUUGUUCCUAUGACCUCCAAGGGCGACGAUUUUGUCGGAAACAAUGACUGCUGGCUGACGGGCUGGGGCAAGACAAGUGCUUCGAGUUCUGUCGCUCCCAAGUUGAUGGAAGUCAACAUUGACGUCAUCACUAACAGCGACUGUAGCCGACUGUGGCGCCGCGUAUCAGGAGCUUCCAUCUUCAACACACACAUUUGUCUGUUUGAAAAGAAUAAGGGUUCAUGCAAUGGUGACAGCGGUGGUCCUUUGGUAUGUCGAGUUGACGGUCAGUUCGUUCUGGCCGGUGUGACGUCCUGGGGGAGCAGUUCGUGCUCAGGGUAUCCUAGUGUGUACACACGCGUUUCCGAGUACCGUAACUGGAUCAGCAACAACAUGUAAAUCACAUGUACGAGCAAUGUGCCAGUUCUAACUUGAGAAAAUACGCAUUAUGACAAUAAAGACCAUAC